GUCUCACAAGGAUUAGGAAGCGCGCCAAUGGAAGCUGUUCAAAUUACUACUGCUGCAAGUUUGAGCAAUACUGCGUCGUUUGCUUUAUUACCAUGCUGGUCCUUUACUUUGUGUUUUGUUAUUUUUAGUCCAGUCAAGAGUUGUUAG